UUGCCAGCUCGCAGCCCAAAAGGCCCAAGCACUGCGUUGUCCAGGCAGACCCGUGCUCCAUCCGCCGUCGCAGGUGAGGUGAGACGCUCCGCCCCCAUCCCGCCGCCGCGAAGAAUGGAGCAGCUUUGGCGCACGCGGCGUUGCGGUAGCUCCCACACUACCUGCUCUGCGACGGCGCCUCCCCCGCCUGGCGGCAUCACCGGUUAGCCUUUGGAAAUCUUCCCAGACCGAGGCCGCAUCCGCAUGCCUCGGAUUCUUUCCCUUCGCGCGGCGGCCGGGCAUGACCGGCACCCCGCGCUGCCGUGCCCCUGACCCGGCCGCCGCCGUUCUCCCGGUGCUACUCCGGAUCACGGCUUGUUGAGGUAAAUAGUACUACUGCUAUGUCACGGUUUAACAUUUGCAUAGUGGAAUGAUGUGACGCUGUGAAAAUUGUUAAAAUUAUAGCGCCUCUGUGGAUCGCCACAUCAAGUGUUUGUUCAAGGGAGUGUUAGCAUGGCCAUUGGGCUAUAAGACAUAAUGACAGUUCAGACACACUUGCCAAAAGAAAUGCAGCCUUCACGAAGGCGUUAGUCAGGCAGCACACUAGCUCCGAUCACUGAUUCGGCAGACGCCUUGGGCAGGAUGGCUUGUGCCAAGGUGCUUACGGGUGUUGGGUCCAAUUAUUUUGGGCGUACCCGUCAUGGUCUGCGUUUGUGGGCUUGCCAAACAUGCGCCCAACCAAAGCAUGUUGCUUAGCAACUAAAAGUGCUGACAAUGACUCAAGCAAAAUUCCAAAGAUGAUAACAAUAUAUACUGCAUCAGUUUUGCCACUGUAACUUCUACGUAGAAGACGGAUCUAUUCUAAUAAAGUAAUAGUUCCAGUGUACCAAAAACUCUUGUUACCUUGUUAACCCAGAAUCAAGUCAUCAACGAUACAAGCCUGUUGGAACUUCCAAAGAGUAGUCUUCCGUAGUUUGAUCAGGUUGACUGCAAUGUUUGUCUAUUUCUGCCCAGUGGAUAUGAAGGUGCCAAAGGAAUAAACCGAAAAUUCCAACAGCAUUCCUUGGAUACGUCAAUAUGCCAAUACUUUGCCUUUACCGUGGAUAUUUCCAAAUUCAUUCGAACAGACACGGUAAAAACUUCUUUGCUUGUUGCUGUCGGUUCAAUUAUGUCUUAGACACGCAAUCCUAUGUAUGUCUUAGACACGCUAUCCUAUAAAUGUGGCAGUGCCAACAACCAGAGGAGUUGAUCCAGCCAAGACACCCAAGUAAGCACUAGUUCCUAAGUCCUGUAUGAACACACCAAUCCUUCCUCAAGAAGGCAGAAACGAUGGACAGGCCAUGCGCACACGAGCAGGUCACUGCGGAUGACCUGACGCAACUUGGCCCGGCCUUGUACGAGUGCAUGGCGCAUGUGAUCGAAGGAUCUGUUGAGAAGACUGAUCGCAGCUUUAUGAAGAUCAGCAAGCUCGCCUCCGUAGUGGACGGGCCACUGCAGCGUAUGUCCAGGAUAAUCGCCCACAGCUUAGCCCGCCGCCUUAUAUGCCCCGUCCAGGGCUUUGCUGCUGCCCUCAUCGAUCCAUCGCACUACCUCGAGCAGUCCUGCCUCCGGGCUGCCCGCGAGAACUUCGCCGACAUCAGCCCCUACCUCAGCACUGGCUUUGUCACUAUUAACCGGGCUAUGCUGGAGCAAGUCCAGGAUCAAAAGGUUGUCCGCAUCGUUGACUUGUCCUGCUCAACCACCCACCAGUGGCAGUGGAUCAAGAUUCUUCAGGAUUUCCAUAGCCGCCCUGGGGGCCCGCCCGAACUACGCCUAACUGUUGUCCAUGAAGACAGUGAGUUCCUGGACAACAUGCAGGCGUGCCUGUGCAAGCAAGCCGCUAACCUCAAGCUAUGUUUUUAUUUCGACAAGGUGAUUGGCAAACUCGAGACAUUGGACUUCAGCAAUCUCCGUGAGAUCCUUAAGAUAAACUUCGGCGAGGCAGUUGUGAUCAGCUGCGCUCUACAGAUGCAUCGCCUCCUCGCGGUUGAUGACAGCAUAAGCCGUGACUUCACUGCUCAGCUCCAGCAAAUGGCAAACAUGGCUCGGCUUAAGCAAAUGGCCUGCUCAGCGUGCAGUCCGGCAUCGACACUGAACUAUCCGCAGACACCAUCCCCUCAACGCCAGAUACCAAGCCUGCUGGUGAGCUUCCUCUACGCCAUCCGUGCCCUUGAGCCGAAGAUCAUUGUGAUGAUGGAGCAAGACGCGGACCACAACGCCCCGCUGUUCCACGAUCGGUUCACCAAGACAGUCGACUACUACGCCGCCCUCUUCGACAGCCUCAAUGCGGUGGAUGCAGCCAGCCCGCAGAGGGCUCGCGUGGAGAGGGUGCUCCUUGGGGAGGAGAUCAAGAAUAUACUGGUAUGCGAGGGGGUCCAGAGGCAUGAGCGGCAUGAGAGGCUGAGCCAGUGGGAAAUGCACAUGCAGCGUUGCGAGGUUGACCAUGUGCCGCUCAGCUUUGAAGCCAUCAGGGAGGGCAAAGAGAGGCUGAUGAGCUACGGAUUGAAACAAUGCAAGAGCAAAGAAGACAAGGCCGGCCUUCUGCUGUGCUGGGGUGCAACUCGUCUGUACUCCAUUUCAGCCUGGAGACCACGCAGCUCGAAUGCAGCGCCAAAUAAUGUGGCUGGCUAGCGCAGUACGUCUCCCAGUUCGUGGUGAUUUCUGGGGCUGCGAAUAAGACGCUGUUGCUUGAGGUACAGCAUGCUUGAAUGGCAACUCAAAUUGAUUGGUGCGAUGCGAAGCUUAGGUAUGUAGAGAUGAAAGUGAUGUGCUAUUUUCUGGAGAAUGUUACCGAACUGAUCUCGUCGUACUUUUACCCUGCCUUCAUCAAAGUUGGGUUUUCCGAUUAGGACAUGGUUUAGGGUGUAUUUUUUUCUAUGUUAUUGAUCAUCUUCAGUUGACCGGCUGAAAGAGAGCAGAGUUGGUUUUGGAGUUGCAAAGAAGCAUAGUAAGAUGGCACGCAUUCUUGUGAUUGCCUGCUUCGAUAUGCCAUAUGUUUUCCUUGAAUUAGGAAUAUACCCAGUGUGAUGCUCCUUGUCUUUUCCUGCAUAAAAGUAUGUGUGCAAAUUUGUUGACCAGAAAUAAGCAUUGGAUGUAAAAGGAUGCAGUACAUGAUGUGGUCAAAUUCUAGUGAGCACUCCAAGAACA